AUGAAAAAAGGACUGGAAAGUGGAGCUUGUUCCCUUACCACUCCAGGCGGAGUGGAGUCGUAUCCAGACAGUAACAGCAGCAAUGGAGCCUCAGUGAAAAAGAAAGACAUGCUUUCCUCUUUUGGAGAACUGGAAAAUGUACAGCUGAAGCCAAGCAGAGAAGCAUCCAGAAAAAAACUCUGUGGCUAUUUAAACAAGCUGGGCAUCAAGGGACCAGUCAAGACCUGGAAGUCUCGCUGGUUCUUUUACGAUGAAAACAAGUGUCAUUUACUAUACUACAGAACUGCACAGGACAUCAACCCUUUGGGAUCUAUUGAUCUCUCUAGCGCCAGUUUUGACUGCAAGGUGGAAAAUGGGGAAGGAGUUUUUGAGAUCAGAACACCAAGCAGAAUUUUUACUUUGAAGGCAAUCAGCAAUCAGGCAAUGAUGUACUGGCUGCAGCAGCUACAAAUGAGACGUUGGGAAUUUUGCAAUGCUCAGAGCAGAUUUCCUGUGGGCAGCUCCCAGCUUGUGAAUGAACCUCUGGGUGGCAGAACAAAUGUUGUUGACAGCGAAGACUUCCUGCCUCUGGUGAAAACGCCAACAGAAGCAGUGGGUUUAAAGGCAGCGUCUUUGCCUGCACCCCAAACAUCUACUGCUUUGCAGAACAUUUCCCUUAAGCACCCUUGGACAGAGAUACAAAACACUGUCUACAAUAUCUGUGGCUCGAAGCAGCUGUGGGGAAACAAUGGUAAUGUCUUUACCUUCAGUGAAUUCCAGGAGCGUCCUGAGAACCCGGAUGAGGAGCAAGAGGCAGAAGUGGAGGCAGGGUGUGCAGUUAAGGAGGGGACCCUGGAGGAUGGAAGAAUAGAGUCCAGGCUGACCUGGGUUAGGAAAGCCAGGUGGAUGAACAGUGGCUUCCCAGGUUUUCCUGAAGAACUCACCAGGGAGAGGAACCCAAUGAAUAAAGUGAGUGUCCUACAGCAACAGACUCUGACCCUCACAGAGGAAGUCAAGUCACAGAAGGAGCUGGUUAAACUUCUCCACAAAGCUCUGGAGGCAGCCCAGCAGGAGAAACGAGUAUCUAGCAUGUAUCUCACCGCAGCAGAAGACAAGGACAGGCUGGAGCUGGUGCGCCACAAAGUGAGACAAAUUGCAGAUCUCACCAGUCGACUAGAAGCUCUUGAGCAAGAAAAGAAGGAACUGGAGCAGAUAUUGACUCUGAGAGACAGCCAUAUCCAGGAACUCAAGGAGCAUGUGCAGCUCCUGAUGGAGAAGAACCAUGCCAAACAGGAAGUCAUCAUGGCCUUGACGGAGCAGAUGGCCCGAGAGCAAUCUGACCCCCUGCAAGAAGCCAACACUAUCACUGUGGAGACAUUGUAUAAGCAGCAGGAGGAGAUUGAGCACCUGAAGGAUGAUAUUGAGGCAUACAAAACCCAGAAUCAGUUUCUCAAUUCGGAGAUCCACCAGGUUACUCGACUCUGGACGAGUGUUGCAGAGAAUGAGAAAGCCCUUCUGAUGAAGUGUGCCUGCCUGCAAGCACGAAACUGCCAGAUGGAGAGCAAAUACCUGACAGUGUUGCGGAAGCUGCAGGAGGCUGUGCCUGGCCUGCCCCGCUCCCAUGCUGAGCUGGUGAGGAACCUCAUCCAGGAAGCGCUCCAGUGGGAUGUGAAGGAAAAAGCAGAAGAUGGUUUUAACCUGAACCCUGUAAGUGAGUAUGAUGAAUACGGGUUUAUGACUGUACCUGAUUAUGAAGUUGAGGACUGGAAACUUCUGGCCAAAAUCCAAGCCCUGGAGAUAAAGUCCAACAACCUGCGGAGCCAGGAAGUAGUGGAAAAGCCCCUCCGUGACAGGUGGAACAAUGUUGGAGAGCUAACCCCCUCUGCAGACCUGAAGAGGCUGCUACGGCAGAGAAAGAGCACUGAGCCCCCUGCCUGCCGGCAGAUCGAGCUUGACCUGCCCCGCACACUGACCAACAACAAGCAUUUUUCCUCUCCCACCUCCCAGCUCAUCCCCAAGCUCCGGAGGGUGUUGCUGGCAUUCUCCUGGCACAAUCCUGCCAUUGGAUACUGCCAGGGACUGAACAGGCUGGCAGCUGUUGCCCUGCUGGUCCUGGAAGAUGAGGAAAGUGCCUUCUGGUGCCUAGUCCAUAUUGUGGAGAACCUAAUGCCAGCAGACUACUACAGUGAGACGCUGAUAACAUCACAGGUAGAUCAGAGAGUCUUCAAAGACUUCCUGUCAGAAAAGCUGCCUCGCCUCAUGGCUCAUUUUGAGCACUAUCGGAUUGAUGUCUCACUCAUCACUUUCAACUGGUUUCUGGUGGCCUUUGUGGACAGCCUGGUCAGCGACAUCCUCCUGCGAGUGUGGGAUGCCUUCUUGUAUGAGGGAACUAAGGUGAUUUUCCGCUAUGCUCUUGCGAUUUUUAAAUACAACGAGGAGGAAAUCCUGAGAAUUCAUGACAGUGUGGAGAUCUACCAGUACCUACGCUUUUUCACGAGAAUGAUCACGGAUGGCAGGAAGCUGAUGAACAUUGCCUUCAAUGACUUAAACCCCUUCCCCAUGAAACUGCUGAGGAACCGCCGGUCGAUGCACAGGGAAGAGCUGGAGGCAGAGCUGUGUGAACUGGAACAGAUCAAGGCAGCCUAUGUAAAAGAGAGAGCAGAACAGGGGCCUCAGGACCUGAAGGAGGUGGUCAGUGAAGAAGAAGAAGAGAUUUAACAAAAAUACAGUUCCGUAUCACUUCCUUCUCACCUUGCAGAAGGUUUCAGUAGCAACUGUCUGUAAGAGAUGGAGCAGAGGGGGAAAGGUGAUCACAGCAGGAGUUCAUCUGCCUCAGGAAGCAAGGCUGUAAGUAUAUAGGACCGUUUGGGGGACCAUACAGGACCAAGUUUUGUAAAUGACUGGA